AUGACUAUGGACGAUGUACAAGCUCUGUACAUGAGUGAUAAGUCUGGUCAAAGUAACCCAGAGUCUAUUAUUCGAGCUGUUGGGGAGCUGAUAGGAAAGACAGUCAGGCCCUCAAAUGAAAAUAAUGCCUAUAGGCGUUUAAGGGUUUUCUCUGGUGUGAGUCCCACACCUGCAGGUGAAGAAAGCUUAGAUGUUUGGGCUGAUCAAGCAAGGCUUAUGGUGGAGGAAUGUGACUGCUCUGAUAAAGAGAAGCGGAGGAGGUUAAUUGAGAGUCUGAAAGGGCCAGCUUUAGAAGUCAUUCAAGCUGUAAGAGUGGCUAAUCCUGAUGCUCGGCCUGCAGAAUAUAUUGAGGCUGUAGAAAAUAUAUUUGGGACCACGGAGUCAGGGGAAGACUUAUACAUUGAGUUUAGGAUGCUACGUCAGCAACGAGGGGAACUGUUGUCUGCGUUCCUCAGGAGGUUAGAGAAGUUGCUUGCUAAAGUAGUGCGAAAGGGAGGACUUUCAGCAACUCUAGCAGAUAAAGCACGGGUGGAACAGUUAUUAAGAGGGGCUACUGAGUCUGAACUUAUGCUGCUACAUCUCAGGUUAAGGGAGAGAAAACAAAACCCCCCAUCAUUUUUGAAGUUGCUCACAGAAAUUCGUGAGGAGGAGGAAUGGGAAGAGCGUAGACAGCAGUCUGGUUGGUGCACAAAGCAACCCCGAGUUCACUCUGCUCGUGUGCCGGAAGAGGUUAAUCCUGGGUCAGUUGACUUUAACAGUUUAAAAGCGGAAAUUUCCGAUUUGAAAGGACAGUUAGAGAAGACCCCUAGAUUGGCACAGUCCCAAGCUGCAAGUGUCCCUGCUAAGACAAAAAAUAUGAAGUUUAAGAAAGAUGCUGAACUGUAUGCGUUACAGAAACAAGUGAUGGAUCUGCAAAGGGAGCUAAAAGUGUUAACAGUACAACCCCUACAGAGACCUAUAAAUGAGUCAAAAAAGACUUUUGGGAAAUCCAGCGAAGUGGAUACAGAUGGUGUUGCUGAUAAGAAGGUUCUAACCCUAAGGAGAAAAGAUGAUUGCUUCUGCUAUAAGUGUGGAGAGGAUGGCCAUGUAUCAAAUAGAUGUCAAAAUGCUGAAAACUAUGCAGUAGUAAUAUAG